AUGUUGAACGCCAGUUACAGCUACGAGAGCGGAGAGAGUAGCGCUGCGUAUGAACACAACAGCCAACGCAGCGAAGAACCACCCCCGGCUGUGGAAUCCAUGAUGGAGUCGGCUCGACUGAGUGAUAAGCGGUUGCACGAAGUGGCUGCUGCAGCAGUUUCCAGCGUCAACUGGGGCGAACUCGACAUGGAAUUGGCGGCAGCGAGUCUCAGUGAAAAGCACGAAAGCGUCUGGAAGCGAAAGAAAUCUCCGCGAGGCUAUGCGAACAGCGACGCUAUGAAGCUUUUCACUCGUCUCACAGUUCGUGAUCGUCGACAUCAAACGCGUUGGGGUCCAAAGGGGUUCGCUGUUCUAGCUGAGGGAACGUUGCCCUGUACUGUACAGGAAAUGCGUCUUGUGUUUCGUGUUGCUUCCACCGACAUGUUCCGUGAUAUGAUGCGCUGUAUUUACCGUCGAGAAUUUGUCGAGGGCGAGCAGUUGCGCACGAUAAGGAUCCAACGAAGUGCUGGCAAUCCUGCGAGAGCAUUCGAGAACAGAGAGUUGUCCGUCAAGACUGCGACUUUCGAGAGCGGGGGCCUGUUCUCCAAGAACGAGUCGUGGUGUUUCUUGGAGUUGCUGCACCCUCGAGACCGAGCAAAAGAAGAGCAGUCAACAAGAAGGACAGCUUCAUCCACUGCGAGUGCUAUCAGUGCCACGCCUCCGCCAGCUUUCACACGAACGCUCGUGUCCAUCGCACGUUCCAGCGUCGUGUUGGAUAACGCCCUAGCACCACCGCCACGUUCAACACCGCAUGUACCAAAUGUCGUCAUCAAUUACUCGUUCGAGGAAGAUCCCAGCGGUCGAGCCACACGCGUGGUUUUCCACGGCGAGUACUUGCCCCCUGACGCUCUCGACGCAUUUAAACGCGCAGGCCACGAACGACGUCUAGCACGUCUCUGGUUGCUUCGUCUGGCAGCCAGUUGCCACCGAUUCCUCUUGGUUGUACGACGUCGUCGUCUUGGAAUGCAAGUCAUCAUUAACAGCACGCGUCUUCCACUCGAGACUGUCGCUAAUGUUCCUCGUUGCGCUUGUUGUCGUCGCUCGUUCUCCACAUUCUUCAAGCGUACACGGAAACGCUUGUGCUGUCUGUGCGGAUUCCUCGUCUGUGAAAAGUGUGCGCACGCCCAAGAGCGCGAGCAUCGUGCACGUGGAGAUACCCGUCCACAGAUCGAACAAGUGCGUGUGUGUGAGCGCUGCCUCCUUCGCGUGGAUCGAGCUCGAUACACCGCAGUAACCGAGGAAGAUCUCCGUCCCGCACGAGUGAUCUCGGACUCUUCGUCUCCAGUUGGCCGUGCGAACAGUACUCCAGGUGGCAGUCUUCGUGGUAUUGGUUCAAGACGUACUCGCCCUACACUCAAGACUCGACCGGCAUCUCUCAAUGAUCUGCUGCUGGAAACCUUGGCCGACGCGACUGCAGGUGGAGAGGCUCAGCGCAAACGCAAAGCCAGUGUGUUGAGUGUCAUGAAGGAUAUUGUGGACGAAGAACGUGCUCGGCGACGAUCAAGCGCUGCGAGGAUCCGCAGUGCGUCAGCAGGUGUGUCGAGAAGAGGUUUGCCUCUACUCGGGGAACGCGACGAAGAGACUGACGAUGAUGGAACAGAAGAAGCCGAGGACGAACCAGUUGACGAUGUGGAGCGUCUCAAGCGAAUGUGGGGCGAGACACCAUGCUGGGAGGACGAUUAUCCGCUCGCCAACGCCGACUCGAGAAGCUACCAGAUCGAGUUCCCUCAAGACCCCAUGGAAGCUAUCAUCCCACCGAUCCCAUCGAACGAGUAUAAGCGGCUAGAACUCAUCCGUCAGCAGCAGCUGAACGAGCUUGGUGACGAGCUUGCGUGUGCUGUCAGCAUGAUUACUGUCGUCGACAAGGCUCAGCUUCACGUGCUGGCCUCCACUCACCCGGCAGUACCUGGUGGUAUGUCGUACCCGAGAGAGCAGGGUUUCUGCGCUCAGACCAUUCUCGACCCCCAUCCUCUCGUAUCUCGCCAUGUCCAGGCCGAUGUGCGCUUCAGUGCCUUGUCGAGUGUCCGCAAGAUGGGGAUUAACUUCUACUGCGGCUUCCCGUUGAUGGGGCCAGACGGCAAGACGGUCAUCGGCUCCGUGUGUUGUGCCGACCCGCAAGCUCGUGACCUCACGCGAUCGCAGUACGCUGCAAUGAGCAGUUUAGCCAGCACGGCUUCCCGUGUUGUUCAACGAGCUGCUGAGCAUCGAGCAGUACGUGAAGGCUCCGCUGAUGUCUAA